AGAAGCUUUAGCUGCCUUUUAACCAGAGCUGGCUGAUGUAACAACACACCUCGAGUUCUCACCCCAGGACCGAGAGCUCCUGGAGCUUUGGAUUUGCUCAUCUUUUGGAAAAAAGAGGAUAAUCUAGGCUCUCCCCACCGAACUUGUUCUCCUGCAGCAGAAAGCAUGGCAAACACUUCCUGUACCAUGGCCAGGGGACACUCGAAUGCAACCACAGUUGAUUGUUGGGUGGAAGCAGACUUCCAGUACCAUCUCUUCACGAUCAUCUACAGCAUUGUCUUUGUACUGGGACUGCUAGAAAACGUCUUGGCUCUCUACCUUUUGACCUGCAAGGUCAAGUACACCUCGCACUCCUACAUCUACCUCAUCAACCUGGCUGUAGCAGAUACCUUGUUUGUUUGUAUAUUGCCCUUUAAAAUCCAUUACCACCUGAACCAGAACGAUUGGAUCUUUGGAGACAUGGCUUGUAGGAUCACCGGGGCCUUGUAUUACAUCAACAUCUACGUCAGCAUUGCCUUCUUCACCUGCAUUUGCAUGGAUCGUUACGUGGCCGUGCUGCACCCCUUCACCUACAUCCGGAUCAAAGUCACCCACUACAGGAUAGCGGUCACAGUCUUUUGGCUCGUUGCCGCAAGCAUCACGAUCCCACUUAUUCUCGGGGGGCCCCUUCACAACAAGGGCACAGGGAACAAGACCGCAUGCUUUGAGAACUUCUCGCUGACCAGCUGGACCCAUCGCAUGAUGCCCUACAACGUCUGUGCCUUGCUGUUUGGCUUUGUCAUCCCGUUUGCCAUCAUCCUCAUCAGCUACCCUCUCAUCGCCAAGCGAAUCGCCCACACUAGACGCAGCAUUCACAAGAAGAAGGCCUUGAGGACCAUCUACCUGAUCCUGCUCAUCUGCAUCCUGUGCUUCCUUCCUUAUCAUCUCACUCACCUCCUCCACUUCCUGAUGAGGGUCCAGCUCAUCCAAAGUUGCCGGUUUACCAACUUAAUUUACAAAAUGCGCCGGGUCACUUUGGCCCUGGUCAGUUUCAACUGCUGCCUGAACCCCCUCCUCUACUACUUCACGUCUUCCAGCAAGCCAUGGCAUCUCGGCCUCAAGUUCAGAUCCAAAACCAAGGUUUAUACCAUUUGUGACAGAAAAUUCAAUGACUAUCCUUAUAAAAGCAAGCCAACAAGACCACCACCACCCCAGCUCUUGAAUGAAUUGCCUUUUUUAAAACAAGGUAUCCUUUAACUGCUAUUGAGACAGUCUGAUCAAGUGUCUAGCACAAAGGACUGGGACUCAGAGGGCUAGGUUCUAAUCCAGUUGCUUUGGCACAGCAUUGAAUAUCUGCCCAUGUCCCGCAAUCUAUAAAAUGGGAAUAGCCAAGCACCUCCGUGUUGUCCCUUUCUUUGCUGAACACUCUGAAAGUUAGCUUUGCUUUAUAGCUGAGGGAUGGUCUUCCUCUCGAUAAGAGGCCCCCUGGGGAGUACAGAACCUCAGCUUGAGUUCACAGCCGUGUACGCAUAUGCGGUAAUGGAUAAGUAACUGCUUAAAUAUUAUGCUUAGUUUUAAUCCCUCAGGCCUACUUUUAAGUUCUAACUCCCUAUCAGCGUUCUGUACCGUUAAAGUUGACAGCUGACCUUACGUUCAAUGCAGAAGCAACAAAAUGAUUCAAUUAUUUUGUUCACAAGCUUCAAAGGUGGCCGAGUGAAUUAAAACGCUGUUAAGAGGAGCAUCUUCCUGUGCUGUACUUACGUAUGUUGAAAAAGCAAAGUGCUGGCAUCAGAACGUUC